AUGGCUCGCACUCGGGCACAAGGAAAGAAGCCGCAGGGCGUUCAGAAAUCGGUAAACACUCGUCGCGCCCAUCCCCAGAAAAGGGUAUCCCAUGAGCCCUCCAAUUUGCAUCCACAGCUGUCGCUCUCUACCAAGGUCACUCCUCUGCCAGAUUUUAGACCUUCUGACAAAAGCACCAAAAGAGGCAUUGGCCUUGAUCACGAUUCAGAACCUCCCCAAAAGCGACCACGCCGAUCCCUUCGACUCAAUCCUACAACACCCACCAAACGUGGUGCGAAGCGAAACGUCGAGACUCCCGACUCUGAUACCCCCCUGAAGCAGUCGCGGCGAUCGCCUAUCCAACCUGCCACCGCCGGUACCGCCGACCGCCCGAUAGAUCCGACCGAGUUUUGGGCAAAGGAAAGGGUGUGGCCACAAGAAUACUUCAACCCAGGCAUGGCGCAUAUAGUUGCUCGGAAGAGAUCACAGCGGUCUCUCAGCCGCAAGCGAUCAAACUCCGGUGCACCUACAUCCACAACACCCAGCGACCAGAGGCCAAGGGAAGAGAAGAGUACGCCCUACCGAGAUCCGCGGUACAAGACACUACUUGCCACAAAAAAUAGUUUCAUGGAAGAGUCAGACCUGGGCAUCUCGAAGGACAGCAAGGAUACUUAUCUAUCCUUCCUAAGCUCAGACCAGACAAUUCCUGAUGACUUUCUUUCAUGA